GAUCAGUGUAGUGCACUCGCAGCAGCGCUGUCCCGUCUGCUCUCAUUCACCACAGAGACUGAGAGACACACAUGAGGGCUGCCAAACCUGACAACUCUGGAGCAUGAGGAACUCUUUAAUUCGUUUACGGACCGAAACAACAUUUUUUUUUUUUUUUUCAACAGUGUGGAUUAACCCUUGACAUCUCAUACAAUAUUUCUAUUUCAUAAUAGUUUUCACUUCACCUGAAUAAUUUCCUGCACCAGGAAACUUUUACUGGGACAUUAACUAUCAGUCUGCGAGAUGGAGGCAGAGGAGAGUAAAAUUUCAGUGUGGGUUUGUCGCGAGGAGAAGCUCGUGUCGGGCUUGUCGAAACGCACGACCUGCGCAGAUGUGAUCGGGGUUUUACUGGAGGAGCAGAACCUGGAGCCGCGCGUGUCUCUCUCGGGGUCUCCUCAGUCCUACUGCAUCGUGGAGAAGUGGAGAGGGUUCGAAAGGAUUUUACCGAACAAGACCAAGAUCCUGCGACUGUGGGGCGCGUGGGGAGAGGAACAAGAAAACGUCCAGUUCGUGCUGGUGAAAAACGAGGCAUCUCUCCCGAGCAACGGGCCGCGGAGCGCAGAGGCGCGCGUCGUUCUCAGCAAGGAGAGCCCGUGUGUCUACAAGGGGACCGCAAGAGUGACCAUGGCUCUGUCACAGGAGAAACAAAGACGGAUAGUAAGGAAAGCGUUCAGAAAAUUGGAUAAAAUCAACAAGAAAAGAGCUCAGGCUGCAUCCAAGGACGCAUCAUGUAUGGAGAAGAUGGAGACCCUUGUGCACCUGGUCAUUUCUCAAGAUCACACCAUCCGCCAGCAGAUUCAGAGGAUAAAAGAGCUCGACAGGGAAAUCGACAGGUAUGAGGCUAAAGUUCAUUUUGAUAGAAUGAAGAUGCACGGGAUCAACUAUGUUCAGGAUACGUAUUUAGUGGACGCCAACCCUGAUAAAGUUGGUGAGGGGGACAAAACCAGCCCUGAAGAAGCUCUCGCACAGUUUGAGGAAUACGCUCAGAGAUGCGAGGAGGUCAUCAAACUGCAAGAAGAGCUGGCUGAGCACGAGGCCCUCAUGGAGAGCAUCACAACUGAGAUACAAGAGGAACUCAACCAGAGAUGGAUGAAAAGAAGGCACGAGGAACUCGCGAAUAAAGACGCUGAAACCACUUCUCAAGAAGCGGUCCCAACUCAAGAAAAUGAUGCAGGAUCUUCAGCGGUGGAUGACGGCGACUUGCUUUUGGAAGAGGAGAGGAUCAGGACCCAACUCGACACCAGCUUGUACAUCGGUCUGCGGCUGAACACCGACUUGGAGGCUAUAAGGAACGAUUUGGACUUGACCGAGGAGAUAUGGGGGGCAAAAGAGAAAGAACUAAUGGAUUUAAUGGAGAAAGUGAACUCUCUGGAUUUGGAGGAGGACAGUGCAGACAAUGCGGAGCUGAAAGAGGAAAACACAAUAGAAGCAGACAGAUUGAUGCCUCUCGAGGGGGACAGUAGUGUGUGGGUGGAACAGGCAAGAGGGCUUUCAAAAACAUGUGACGUGAAUGAUGACGACUCAGAUACGGGACUCAGUUCAAUGCACAGUCAAGACUCAGAUAUCACACCCGUCUGUGAGUCUUUAGUGUGAAAAGCAUUCAUAUUGUCCCUGGCUGAAUCACUGAAAUGAACAACACAACACUGGCACAGUUUUUACAUUUUCAGUGCUGGGAAAGUAAGAAAAGUACUUUCCUGCAAAUCAAAAUGAUCAUAACUAUGCACUUAUUGAGCAUCCUUGGUCAGUUUAUUCAUUUCUUUUUAUGUUGAUGUCUACAAGAAUCAGUGUUAAUUUCAUCUAGACAUGAAUUGGUAACUUUGCGAAACACAUGCAGGAUUGAAAUCUCUUUAAAUGUGGUUGGAUUUUUUUUUCUGCACAAGACAACAUUUUAAGCAAGUGUGAUGGACACGUUCCAGCACUGUAAAAAUCAAUUUUACAUUGCAGAAUGGUUUAUGAAUUAUGAUUACCCUAGUGAAAAAAAGUGCUAAAUUGUAUUUGAAAUACAUUUAUUUUGUGCUAAGUAUAUUACAAAUACAUUUACAUAUUUAUGUGCUUAAUAAAAAUACCCUGCAAUUGUACUUUUGGUAUACUAAACUAGUAUACUUAAAGUCUGCUAAAUUGGAACAACUAAUUUUGUACUUAAUGCACUUUAAUUGUGUGGAAGUAGUGCUGAGGUCCAACUAAACAUAGACUGAAGUAUAUCUGAUUGUGCUGAAGUGGAGCUAUUGCAAGAAUACUUUAAAUAUCUUGCAUUUAAAGAAUGAUAUUAUACAAAGAUCAUUCAGUCCUUAUUAAUAGUGACAUUAAAACACAUUCUAGGCAUAAUAUUAAGAAAUGUGAAAUACUCCAAAUAAAGUUUAAUUAUAAUUUUAUAUCAGUAAGUCUUAAGUGAUAUGUCAAUAAAUAUGUUAAUGAAUUUGAAGUAUACUUUGUAUGAAAUAAAUGUAUUUUAAAUAGAUUUUGCUAUAGUUAUUUUUGUUUACUAGGGUAGUUAUAUAAAGCUGAAGUGUGUGAUAUCUCUGCAUCCUCUAAUGUAAUUUCCGAAAUAGUUUUCAGACGGAUUUGAAUGUUGGAAAUAUUAAAGUAGAUGUUUUGCCAGUGCAGAAGCAUGAAAUAAAAUCUCCCUGUCGAUCUGCGCUGUCGUGACAUUUUCAUGCAGCUCCAGUCACAUGGCAUGACGCCUCAGGUGAUUGGCUCAAAAAACCUGCCUGCAGAACCCAUAAGCAAAGAUGGCAGAGUUUGAAUUACAGUAUGUACUUCUGAGGGAGAUGAAUAGGAAUGCUGACAGAUAACUUCUGCAAGUAUUACAGACCUCCUUGAGAGAAAGUAUUUUAAUAUAGAGAAAAAUUGCACACUUCAGCUUUAAGUUGCAUCAUGGCAUUGCUUGAGCACAAGAGUUAUGUUUGUGGGAAAACUGAUUCAAGUGAGUGCAAGAGACUUCUUAUUUUUCAGUAUAGACAUGAGCAAGUGGACAUCUGAUGAGCUUAAUGAUACAGGAGAUUGUUUUAUUAUACUGUAUUUUAACAGAGAACCCAUGUAUUUAGAAUUGUACAGAUACAACAUUUGUGUAAUAUGAGAAUAUAUGAUAAAAACAAUGUUGUUUUAUUAUCUAAAAAUACUGAGGAAUGCUUCAUUUAUUGAUAUUUUAAAACACAUUAUCAUCACCACAAAAAAAAAAAAAAAAACAUGUCCAGCUGAUAUUUAAUUCGAAAAAUCAAUAAAAUAAAAAAUUGAUGAACCUAAUAAUGUUAAUAAUGUUGCUAAAGACUUUUAUUUCAAAUAAACGCUGAACUUUCUAUUCAACACUGAUAAAAAUGUAACAUAAGAAACACUAAUAAUAAAGUAACAUUGACCAAAUAAGCAUAUUAGAAUGAUUCCUAAAGGAAAAAAUUGCCAUCAAAGGAAUGUUAAAUUUUAAAAUAUAUUAAAAAAAGAAAACAAAACUACUAUAAUGCAA